AUGGAUCUUCAUUCACAUUUUCAGGUGGUCCUUUCUCAUCUCCAGGAUCUUGGCUGGAUAGUCAAUUGGAGAAGUCCAACCUCCAUCCAGCCAGUCAGAGUAUUUUUGGGCAUCCUUCUAGAAUUCCGUCCUCCAGAAAUCUUUCCUACCUUCCCAGAAGGUCCAGGAUCUGAAGAUUGGAAUCCAGCAAUUCCUGGGAAAUCCUGUUUGCUCUGUCAGAAAAGGCAUGAAAAUGCCGGGUCAUCUCUCGUCCUGCAUUCCUGCGGUUGCCCGGACCCAAUACCACAUGAGACCCCUGCAGGAUCUUAUUCUCAGGAAAUGGUACAGGUCACAGCUAACCAUGGACCAGAGGAUAUCUCUAACCAGGGAAAUAAAAAUAUCUUUGCAAUGGUGGCUGACGAGAAUCUACAGAUGGGGGGUCUUCUGGAAUUACUCUGGGAAAUGGACAAUGCUUUUGCAGGUGGAUUGAACCCGAUGAAAAACAGACUAUGCAGCCAAAGACCGCCUCUUGAAGAAAUCCGCAAUAUGGCAAUGAUUCCAGCAAACAAGGCAGCUUUUGUGAACUGUAAGAUGUCCAAACCUGUUAAAACCAUGAAGCAAGAAACCACUGAAAGAAAAGUGGUAGAUAAAGUAACGUGGACAGCUGAGACAAGGCUUCAGGUCCCAAUAAACUCAGAUAUAACCAUGAAGGAUGAAGAUGACCUCUGCCAAGCAUUUUCUGAGAUACUUAAUAAUGUGGAAGAUAUUGAUGUUGAAGACUCUCACAAUCCACAGAUGUGCAGCGACUAUGUGAAAGACAUCUAUGCCUACCUAAAGGAGUUAGAGGUCAAGCAGUCUGUUCGUCCAAAUUUUCUGGAAGGAAUGCAAGUGACUGAUCGUAUGAGAGCCAUCCUUAUAGACUGGUUAAUGCAAGUUCACUCCAAAUUCCAACUACUCCAAGAGACGCUCUACAUGGCUGUUGCAAUUAUGGACCGCUUCCUACAAGUUUAUCCUGUCCAACGGAAUAAGCUCCAACUGGUGGGAGUUUCAUCACUCUUUCUGGCAUCAAAAUAUGAAGAAAUGUAUUAUCCAGAGAUUGCAGACUUUGUGUAUAUAACCGAUAAAACCUAUUCCAAAGCUGAGAUUCGAGAAAUGGAGAGAACGAUACUUGAUAAGUUGAGUUUUGACCUGGGAAGACCAUUACCACUUCACUUUCUUCGAAGAGCCUCAAGGUGUUGCCAUGCAGAGGCAGAGCACCACACUCUUGCAAAAUACCUUAUGGAACUUACCUUGAUGGACUAUGACAUGGUUCACUAUAGGCCUUCCAUUGUAGCAGCAGCGUCCCUGUGCUUGACACAAAAAGUGCUUAACUGGAGAACUUGGGAUGCCACAGUCCAGCAUUUCACUGGCUACACUGAAGAAAAUCUUCUGCCAGUCAUGCAGCAUAUAGCAAAGAAUGUAGUCAAGGUCAACAACAACAUGACAAAAUUUGCUUAUGUUAAGAACAAAUAUUCAAGCCGAAAACUACAUUGGAUCAGCACCAUCUCUCAGCUGAACUCUGAAGUCAUAUUACGUCUCGCUGCCCCUCUUCUGUCUGCUAUGCAGUAG